AUGGCAACUCUCAAGGAUCAGCUGAUUCAGAAUCUUCUUAAGGAAGAACAUGUCCCCCAGAAUAAGAUUACAGUGGUUGGUGUUGGUGCUGUUGGCAUGGCCUGUGCCAUCAGUAUCUUAAUGAAGGACUUGGCAGAUGAAAUUGCUCUUGUUGAUGUCAUAGAAGACAAGCUGAAGGGAGAGAUGAUGGAUCUCCAACAUGGCAGCCUUUUCCUUAGAACACCAGAAAUCGUCUCUGGCAAAGACUAUAAUGUGACAGCAAACUCCAGGCUGGUUAUUAUCACAGCUGGGGCAUGCCAGCAAGAGGGAGAAAGCCGUCUUAAUUUGGUCCAGUGUAAUGUGAACAUCUUUAAAUUCAUCAUUCCUAAUAUUGUAAAAUACAGCCCAAACUGCAAGUUGCUUGUUGUUUCCAAUCCAGUGGAUAUCUUGACCUGUGUGGCUUGGAAGAUAAGCAGCUUUCCCAAAAACCGUGUUAUUGGAAGCGGUUGCAAUUUGGAUUCAGCCCGGUUCCGUUACCUCAUGGGGGAAAGGCUGGGAGUUCACCCAUUAAGCUGUCAUGGGUGGAUCCUUGGGGAGCAUGGAGACUCCAGUGUGCCUGUAUGGAGUGGAGUGAAUGUUGCUGGUGUCUCGCUGCAGAAUCUGCACCCCGAAUUAGGCACUGAUGCAGAUAAGGGACAGUGGAAGGCAGUUCACAAACAGGUGGUUGACAGUGCUUUUGAGGUGAUCAGACUGAAAGGCUACAUACACAUCCUGGGCCAUUGGACUAUCUGUGGCAGAUUUGGCAGAAAGUAUAAUGAAGAAUCUUAGGCGGGUGCAUCCGAUUUCCACCAUGAUUAAGG